AUGUAUCCGCAAGUGAACAAAGAAAAUAAUUUGCCAUCAGCUCCACCAUCCUAUACGGACUCAAUGAAUGCUCCGAAGUAUGACAUCAAUAAUCAGGGAAAUAUCGGAGGCCAUUCAUACUCCACGUCAACAAUGGAGCCUCCACAGCCCACUCGAGUGAUCGUUGUCCAAGGAAAUCCAGAGAUUUUACCACCAUUGGGUCCAAGAUCAGUACAGUUGACAUGUCCAAACUGUAAAUUAUUAGUAAUGACAAGAAUUGAAGAAGAGUCAUCAUCUAAUGCUUAUUUAUGCUGCAUGUUGUUAUUUAUUGUUGGGUGUUUCGUUUGUUCAUGUCUGCCAUUAUGCAUGGAUAACUUUAAGAACAGUAAGCAUUCAUGUCCGAAUUGUAAUGCUUUUAUUGGGAUUUACAAACCAUAA